CACAGGAAAUAUCAUAGGAUACAUUCAGAUAAUAGAGCAAUCAAUAAACCAAUAUCAAGCGGGUUAAUUUCAAGUGCAUCUGCACACCAGUUCUAUCAGAAUCAACGACCUGUCAAUUAUUACAAUACUGUUUCCACCCCCAGGUCUCAUGCACAAAAUUAUCAGAAUAGAAGAAAGUAUUUAUCAGGCAGGAGUGAAAGUGCACCUUGUCAAAGAUUUCUAAGAAACCGUAAAUUUCCGGAAGUUUUAUUGCCGAAUUACAAUGUGGUUUCCACAUAUAUUAUAGCUCCUGAUAGAUUUCUUGCUAAAUCUCAUAUGAUGGAAGUAACUUCUGCGCCAAAGAAUAUUAUGACUGGAUCAAAAUGGGAUAGUCUGUCGCAACAAAUCUGGUUGAAAUUUAUGUCAAAUCAACAAACUGAAGCUACUUACAGAAAUAAAAUGAUGCUAUGGAAGCAUCUUUAUAUCUAUAUUAAGCGUCAAUAUCCAAAAUAUGGUUUAUUUGUGGUUGGUUCAACAAUGAAUGGGUUUGGUUCGGAUAAUAGUGAUGUCGACAUGUGUCUUUUGGUGAGACACACAGAAAUGGAUCAAAAAUAUGAAGCCAUAGAGCAUUUAGGACAAAUACAAAAAUAUUUAAAAAAAUGUGAUUUCAUUGAAGAGCUCGAACUUAUACAUGCAAAAGUACCCAUUAUAAAAUUCUGUGAUACAAUACAAGAUUUAAAAGUCGAUCUUAAUUGUAAUAAUGCUGUUGGUAUUAGAAAUACACAAUUGCUGUAUUGUUAUUCAAAACUUGAUUGGAGGGUAAGACCACUAGUACUUGUCAUAAAACUUUGGGCUCAAUAUCAUGACAUUAAUAAUGCGAAAAAUAUGACAAUAUCUAGUUACUCUUUAGUUCUCAUGGUCAUACACUUUUUACAAUGCGGUGUCAACCCUCCAGUUCUGCCAUGCUUACAUUCGAUAUUUGGAAGCAAAUUUAGCUCAUAUACAGAUAUUCAUAGUAUCGAUAUUCAUGAGGAUUUAAACAUUCCAUCCUCCAAUCGUUUGCCUGAGAAUCAUCAGUCUCUUGGAGAAUUACUUGUAGAAUUUUUUAGAUAUUAUGUUAAAUUCGAUUUCAGCCAUUAUGCGAUAUCUAUACGUUUAGCAAAAAAGAUACUAAUAGAGGAAUGUCGUAUGGUGCAGUCACUCAAAAACGAUUUUCAUCAAUGGAAAUAUCUAUGCAUUGAAGAACCAUUUGAUCUGACUAACACAGCUAGAUCAGUCUAUGAUCCGGAUGUAUUUGCAAGAAUUAAGCAGCUAAUUGAUGAAACGUACCAAAGAUUGCAGAAAAAACAUGAUCUAAAUUCGAUAUUUCUCAACAUAAUUACCGAUCAUCCUAUCGUAAGAUAUUUGUAAACUGGUCUAUUUUGAUGAAUAAGCUAUUCUGAUUGAACCAAAAGCAUUUUGUUAAAUGCUGAUAGCUUAAUGAUCUGAUGAUCUAAAACGAUAUAAAAGGAAGAUAGAACGAAGUUAAAUAAGACUGCCAAGAUCGUCUUGUAUGUUUAGUACCUUGUAAUAUUAAGUCUUAUUAUUUCGCACAACUUAUAUUAGCAAGGUACACAAAAUAGAACAUGAUAAAACAUGUUCGUUGAACUACUUGUCUACAAGUAUAAUAAAUUUGUCCUCCCUUAAUUUUUUUUUUUUUUUCUGGAGGGUUUAAAAUCAUCAUUAACUAUAACAUCUUGAAAGGAGACAGUGUUACUGUCUGCACGUUUAUUAACAUGCAAAAAUAAAUAUUUCAUUCUGAUAUAAAGUAUCGCGAAUGCACGGGUAUUGUUCCUACAUAAACGCAAAAAUUGCAAUACGUGCAAUAAUAAAGUCUGACUUAUAUCUAAAGCUACAAUUAACCAGGCUUGCUUGGAUCUCUCUUAAUCUUUGAGACAAUCGCGAAAUGUGUGAUUUAAGUGUCCUCUACUGAUAAUUGGAUAUAUUCAUAUAUGUGAUAACGUCAUAGUGAUUAUCAUGUCAAAAUUAUUCAACAUUGUCUUCCCAAUGUAUAUUACUCAUUACCCUAUAUAUAAGUCUUUCACGUAAUCUCAAUGAAAUCUAAAAUAUAUGGUGCCUUGUGGCUAGUUUGUUAACAUAAUCAUAUACUGUGUGAUAUAGCAAGACUGAUUAGAUAUAAAAGUGGAGAAAUUGAAGUGUAACAAAGGGUAAUGAAAUUUUUUCUAUGACGUUGAAAAAUGAUUAUCAGAUACUGCACAAACAUAUUCUCGAUUAAAAAAAUACUUUCAAAUAGCUAGAUUGCUAGCCAUAAAAAUAUCUGAUAUUAAAUGUCUGAUAUUAAAAUAACAUCCUACAUAUAAAGAGAAAAAAAAGCAACACUUAUUUUUUCGUAUGGUUGCUAUUUCUCACAAAAAAAUAUUUCAUAUGAGCAUUGAUUCAUGAAAAAUAUAUAUAUAAACCUUUAAUAUUAUCUUUUGCAAAAUAUUAAAAAAUAAAAAAAAUAAAAAUACUUGCUAAAAGUAAAAAAAAUGUUACACAUUUGAAACAAAUUAAUUAUUUACGUUUGCAAUAUUUUGUUCAGAUAUAUAGUGAAUAAAAGAUUGAUAGUAAAGUUAGCAAGACUGUGUUUCUUUUAAAAGGGUUUAAAAACUUUCUAAGUUUCAAUAAUUUUAUCUUAAAAUUGACACAAAUAUAAGUUGUCAUGUUAGUGGGAUAAUUUAUAUAAUUCGAUCCUAAAACAAGAUAUAAAUUACAGUAAUAUAUAAAUAUAUACAUAGUACAAAAACUAGAGUAAAGGUCUUUAACAUUCUUGAAAAUCAAAAAACUAAAAGCAAGUUUUUUGAUAUCAAUGAAUCAAAUCCUUGCUCCUUAACGAAAUACCUCUUCAUUUUUUGACAUAUUUUCAUUAUUCUCUAUUUCUCAAACAAUCAAUUAAUAAGUAAUAUGCAGUUGUUGCAAAGUUAUGCAUUUCAACAAAAUCAUUAUUAACUUUACUAAAGGACAUUCUUACAAAAAUUGUCUAAGAAUGAAGUUAUCUCUCAUAAUCAUCAAUCUUGGUAAUAAAUAUUUAAUUGCUAGAAGAUGACAAUUUUCCACUAAUAUAGCUAACUUUUGUGUAAUAAUUCUUUCCAGAAACACUCGUGCUUGAUAUUUUUCUUUAUUUGUCAUAAGAAGGCUACUAUAUCCCAUUCUUUUACUAGUGUCUCCUACUAAUGUUCUUUUUGAAAGAGGUAUAUAUAUGGCAUUGUGUAAUAGUAUUCUUAAAUAAUACAUGAAAAAAACAAGUAUCUCUGCAAUAUAACAAAUUAUUGUUGUGAUUAUAUUAACUUUAGGUCCUUGUGAAUAAAAUAUAAGUAGCACAAGUUACAUCUAUUAAUUACAGGGUAAAAUGUGAAAUAUUAAAUAACAUACAUAUAUUUUGCUAUAUGUGCAUGUGGCUUAUGAUAUUCUCUUGAUAAUGAAACAAGUGAUUCUAUUUUGAUGUGAUAUUCGAUUAGACCUAUAUAUCUUUUGCAAUGCACUAUGUACUUAUACACAAUGCUACUUUAAGUGCCAAAUUUUUUAAUGCAUUCUUAUAAAACAAAAAAAAAUUAAAGUUAAAAACUUGCAAUAAAUAGAGAAAGUUAGGUUGUAGCUAUUAUAUUCUUCGAAUAAAUUUGCAAUAGUACAUUUCUGUCAAAGUUAACAUAUAAGCAUUUGAUUUAUAGAAUAAAAUUAACAAUUUUCUGUAAAACCAAUUUUCUUGUUAAAUAAAUGAAAUGUUUAUAUAUG